CUUGAACUAAACAAUAUUUUACAAAUCUUGAUUGACUCUACAAUAUGCAUGCAUACACUUUUAAAGCUUACGUAAUGUGUCUAGUUCUUAAUAUCUUAUAUCUAAAGGACAAGAAUGUAUGCCUGCUCAGAUAUAUCUAAAAUUUAUCAAGAUGCCCAAAGAGAAAGUACAAAAAAAGUCACGAAUUCAUCAAAAUGUUGCACAGGUGCAACAACGACAAGGAAUAUCCUUCAGAACAGAUAUUGGUCAACACAUCUUAAAAAAUCCUAUGAUAGUUACAAACAUGGUUGAGAAGGCAGCCCUUAGACCUUCAGAUGUUGUUCUGGAAGUUGGUCCUGGCACAGGAAAUAUGACUGUUAAACUCUUGGAAAAGGCAAAAAAAGUCAUUGCUUGUGAAGUUGAUCCUCGGAUGGUUGCAGAAUUACAUAAAAGAGUACAAGGAUCACCAGAAGCUUCCAAAUUACAAGUCAUGGUUGGAGAUGUUUUAAAGACAGAGUUACCUUUCUUUGAUGUGUGCGUUGCUAACUUACCCUACCAGAUUUCAUCCCCAUUUGUAUUCAAGCUUCUCCUGCACAGACCAUUUUUUAGAUGUGCUAUCUUGAUGUUCCAAAGAGAGUUUGCACAGAGGCUGGUGGCCCAGCCAGGGGACAAGUUGUAUUGUCGUCUCUCUGUAAAUACUCAGCUCUUGGCCAGAGUGGACCACUUGAUCAAAGUUGGCAAAAAUAACUUUCGCCCACCCCCAAAAGUGGAGUCCAGUGUUGUCAGAAUUGAACCAAGAAACCCUCCACCUCCAAUUAAUUUCAAAGAGUGGGAUGGUUUAUUGAGGAUUUGUUUCUCAAGAAAAAACAAAACAAUUGGUGCAUCAUUCAGGUUUACCAAAGUUUUGGCUGUUUUGGAAAAGAAUUACAGAGUAUCCUGUUCUUUCAAAAAUAUUACAGUACCUGAUGAUCUAAAUGUGAAAGAAAUAGUAACAGACCUUCUACAGAAAAAUGGCUUCGAGGAGAAAAGAGCCAGAUCUAUGUCUAUAGAUGAUUUUAUUGAGUUGUUGAAUAUGUUCAAUUCAGCUGGCUUCCAUUUUGUUUAAUACACCAUGUUGUAUAUAUUAUAUAUUUUGCCUAUUUAUAGAAUUACUUUCGCUGUAAACAAAACAUUUUCAUGCUUAAUAAAUGUUUUGAAAAAUUUAA